AUGUCAUUCCACUCCAUUAAAGAUGAUUAUUCUCAGUCGAUCGAGACCCGACUGACCAGUCGACAAGACGAGGGGUCUACGUGCGGUUCAGAUAAGGCUGGAUACUAUAAUACUCCGCUGCAUGUUGUAGCACUAUUCAUCAUAUUGAUUCUCAGCACAUUAGCAUGCUCUUUCCCCAUAUUAGCGCGCCGAUUCCCUCGACUACCUAUUCCACGCCGCUUCCUGUUCCUUUCCAGACACUUUGGUACAGGUGUCCUCAUAGCCACCGCAUUUGUCCAUUUGCUUCCGACUGCUUUUAAUUCCCUAACGAAUCCAUGUUUACCCGAAUUUUGGAACAAAGGCUAUCCGGCAAUGGCAGGUUUCAUAGCAAUGCUGUCGGUUUUUCUUGUUGUUACUGUCGAAAUGUUUUUCGCAAGCAAAGGCGCAAAACAUAUACAUGGGAAAGAAUACGAUGAAUUAAUGGGAGGACUUAGCACAGAAAACGAUCACAACGGGUUUUCUCCAACAGAUCAGGAGGAGUAUAUUCACUUAACGAACCAAUAUGACAAUCAGGAAGUGUCCGAGAUGGGAACUACGGAAAUGCUUCCCCAGCCUCAAACAGGAACAGAUACAAGAGCAUUUGAAUAUGAAAAUCACGACAAGGAUGAUGACGAAUUAGACCUGGAAGACUUAGAUCCAUAUUUUGACGAACGCCAUGACCAUAGUGCCGAAACCCUGAAUACACCGCCACUCCAUACCGACGCCUCGCAAAAUAGACCUCUUAGAGGCCACCAACGCCAGGGUAGCGAACCCUACGUACUACAGAACCCUCAAAGGCAGCUACUCCAAUGCCUCCUUCUCGAGGCAGGAAUUCUUUUUCACAGUAUUUUCAUUGGCAUGGCACUAAGUGUAGCCACCGGAACCUCUUUCAUCGUGCUCCUCGUGGCCAUUUCCUUCCAUCAGACCUUUGAAGGCUUCGCGUUGGGCUCACGUAUCGCAUCUCUAAUCCCAGAUCUCUUCCCUCGCUCUUCAAUGAAACCAUGGCUAAUGGCCUGCGCAUAUGGAACAACAACACCGAUCGGGCAGGCACUCGGUCUUCUUUUGCAUAACCUAUACGACCCUGCAAGCACGAUGGGCCUUUUGAUGGUCGGUUUCACAAACGCAAUCAGCAGCGGCUUGCUUCUUUUUGCCGGUCUCGUGGAGCUACUGGCAGAAGACUUUUUGAGUGAUUCAAGCUAUGAGACAUUAAAGGGCAAACGUCGAGUAGAAGCUUGUGUAGCGGUGGUUGGUGGAGCUUUGCUCAUGUCUAUGGUUGGUGCAUUUGCCUAG